AUGCCGCCGCCGUCGGCGAGCCGGCGGGGCAGCCUCGACGGCCAGCGGGAGGCGAGCCGGCGCCACAGCCUGCCGCUGUCGUCGCCGCGGCCCGGGCUCGUGCGCCAGAACGCGACGAAGGUGCUGCUCCACAAGUCGAUGCGCAGCUCGUACCGCAUGGGCAACGACCUCGGCGAGGACAUGCGGCUCUACUGGCAGUACGGCAAAAAGUUCAUCCACGACUCGCUCGGCAUCGUCUUCAUGGGCGUGGGCCUGGGCCUGCUGUCGCUCUACCUCUUCUGCGCCGAGGACCCCAAGGCGUUGCCCAAGGACACGCACGGCUGGCCCGAGGUCGCCGCGCUGCCCCUCGCGCUGUCGAUCAUCGGCUCCGCGCUGAGCUUCCUCCUCGUCUUCCGCCUCUCGUGGGCCUUCAACCGCUGGAGCGACGCGCGGUCGCUCAUGGGCGCGACGACGACGCGGCUGAAGCGCUUCUCCGUGCUGCUCCACUCGCAGAUCGGCACGGACGGCGGCACGCCGAAGCAGAAGCUGCUCCUGGACGAGUGCACCGUCGUCGUCUGCGACCUCUACUUCGCGGCCGUCGUGCUGAGCCUCGAGAAGGGGCCGACGUACACGUACCCGCGCGGCGACUUUGCGGCGUCUCGGGUUGUUUGCGACAAGCGGCCCGCGGACGUCAUCGGCCGCACGGCCCACGAGCAGGUGCUCGCGACGCACCAGUGGCUCGCGCACCUCGUGCGCAAGGGCGGCGACCUCGACCUCGUACCCACGGCGGCGGCCGAGUCGGCCUACGACGACCACCGCCACCUGCUCCUCGAGUACUUUUCGUCCCUCAAGAUCAAGACGACGCCGCUGCCCCUGCCGCUCCAGUGCCUCGUGAGCAUCCUGAAGAUCGCCUACACGGUCUUCAUCUUCCCGCAGACCAUGGCCUACGCCUUCGUCAUGAAGCUGUCGUCGGGCCACCACGAGAAGUUCUUCAUCUGGCGGAACCCGGUCUACAUCUGCGCGUACCUGCUCAUCACGACGCUCGGCGUCCUCUUCUUCACGGUCAUGCACCUCAUCGCCCUCGAGCUCGACGACCCCUACGGCGACGACCUCAGCGACCUGCCCAUGAAGCAGAUCCACAACGCGCUCAAGGCGGACCUCGAGGCCAUCCACCACACGUCGACGCACGUCUUCCUCGCGCACACGCGCGCGGGCGACCUCGAGCUCGAGGAGGAGGACGACGAAACGCCGACCUUCGGGGAGCGCGUCGGCGCGAGCUUCCGGAUGAGCAAGGCGCGCAUCUCCGCGUCGCUGAGCAAGGCCGCGCUCCACGUCCCGCCGUCGCCGACGCGGUCGCCGCUCGCGCCCGCGCCCGCGCGCGGCGACACGGCCGACAGCGCGCUGUUUCGCACGCUCAUGUCCCAGCACCUCGACGACGACGACGACGCCGUGCUGUAA